AUGUCGUCCUGGCUGAAGCGGUUGGCCGACAGAGCCUCGUCUGUGGGGUUGUCUGAUGCCGCCCGCCUCUCUACGACGAAUCGCGCCGGUGCAUUCAACCCGUCACCUCUGAGCAGGUUCACAGUUUACGGUGCCGGGAACAAGCAUGACCUCGUCGAAAAACUCGCUCAAGAAGCCGACUCAUACGGCCUUCGCCGUACGAAAGGGCAAAACGCCGUCGUGAUACUCGCGUCGCGCAACCACGCCUCAUGGCUGACUGAUAAGACCUUCAUGGCCAAUCUCCUCGAGUCGUUCUCAUCCAAAUCUGCCAAGGUCGAUGGAGAUGCGGCGGAGAUCAAUGUCCUUACCGCCGCUGUCGAUGGCCUUUGGCCGGAGUACCCUCUCCUGCCAGCUCGUCACGGUUUCUCCAUCAUUUCCGGACCGCUCGAUCACCUUCUGCCCGGCCUCUGGACUCAAGUCAAUGCAUCGCCCGCGCCGGUGAAGGGCCAGCCCGAAAAGGCUGCAUUGACCUUCCGCGUCAACAAGGCCGAUGCCAACGUGGGCGGCAACGCAACGACAAUCACACUGCCUCUCGCCAACACCAUCUUCCAAAACAGCCGGCCGUUUACGCUCCUCGCCAGUCGCUGGCGCAGAGAGGGCCCAGGUUCAUCCUUGGCCAUGGCAGACAUGGUCACGAGCCCGAGCCGCGAGGUCGUCUGCACGGGCUCCGACGCCGCGGCAACGACGCCGUGUAUUCUCAUGAACCCGAUCACCGCCCCCCGCACCAUCGUCUCGGGCCUCGGCAACAUUGUCCGCCAGAUCGACAUGGACGGCAAGACGGUGCCAGCGUCGCAGGAGCUCGAGGCCGCCUUCUCGCUGACGGACGAGGAGGACCUCGAGUCGUUCAUCCGCUCCUUCCAUGGCCAGAAGGGGGGCGAUGGCGAGGACGCACCUCUCGACUCUGGCGUCGUGGCCCCGGGCUCGACCAUCCAGUUCUUCACCACUGCGGUCGGAGAGCUGCCUGAGCCUCGCCAGGCCGACUUUUCGCUGACGGAACACAUAUGCGGCGAGCUCGACGCGUUUGGUGUGUCGAAACACAUUCACGAGAAGCCCAAGGUGGGGCUCGGUGGUGUAUCUUGGACCAUCUUGCCUGGAAAGUUCGGUGCGGUGUCGUCAGAGUGCAUGUACGUCUACAACAUGGAUGCUGCAGGACCGCAUAAUGGCGAGAUGGGGCGGCUACAAACGAAGGUCAAUAUCCCCGAGUCAUACAUCUCAACGAGGCCCAUUCCAGUAGGGGACGACCACACAGAACGCACCGAGUCUAAAUGUAAAGCCAGCUUUCUAUGCUAG